CUUUCCUCUUCCUAACAUACUUUUUUAAUAGCCUAUAUGCCAUGGAGGUAGCUUGAACCCCCAGAAUGGCAAUAUGUGGUGGACAUCACUUUCUGUAAGUUAUGUACAUAUGAUUUUGACCAUCUGCGAUGUCUGGGAACAGUCGCAGGAUUGAGCCCCUGCCGCCCGAAGUGGUAGCGAAGCUCAAAUCUUCCACAUCCAUCACGCACCUAAACGGGGUGAUCGUCGAACUAGUGAAGAACGCGCUGGACGCAAAUGCCCACACAGUCUCAGUGACGGUAGACUUUCAACGUGGGGGUUGUAAGGUGGAUGACAACGGUGAUGGAAUUCUACCAACCGAGUUCGAGCCCAGCGGAGGCUUAGGGAAGGCACAUCAUACGUCAAAAUACCAUACCGGCACUGGUGUAUAUGGCCAGAAGGGGCUGUUUCUAGCCUCGUUGGCUUCACUUUCACUGCUGACCAUCACUUCGCACCAUGUUCGCCACCCCAACACAAAUACCAUCAUGUUCCACCAUUCAACUCCGGUCGCACGGCUGAUACCAGCUCCAGUUCAACAGGAGCUCAGGCUCAGCAGUCAUGGAACUAGCGUUACGGUCAAUGAUUUGUUUGGAAACAUGCCAGUGCGAGUGAAAAAUCGCGCCUUAGCAUUGCAAAGGCAUGAUGAAUUGGAUCGGCAAUGGGAUGAACUGCGACAGCUACUGGUCUCGUUGAUGAUCGCGAACGAUAGCUUGACAAAGAUGGUCCUCCUUGAAGCUUCUAAAGAUAAGAGGAUCAUCAUCCGUUCCCGAACUCAGAGUCGCCGAAACGAUGGUGAACUAGACCUCCAGCGCAUAGUAUCAAUCCUUGCGCAGGCAGGGCUGGUUGAACUUCAGAACGUCCACAGCUGGGAUGUUGUAUCAGCUAACGUGCCUGGUUUCUCUGUUCAUGCUGCUAUAUGCCUUAUGCCAAACCCCACCAAGAAAAUACAAUUUAUCUCCUUGGGGAUGAAUCCAGUCUUUCCCAAAAGCAGUGUCAAUUUGUUCUACGCUGAAGUAAAUCGCUUAUUUUCUCUGUCUGAUUUCGGUACCACGGGUACCCCAUCUAUAUCCGCUCAGGGGACACGCUCAGCAGAGCAUCCUGACCGUGACGGCGGUUCAAGUACAAAACCUACGACCAAGGCUGUCAACAAGUGGCCUAUGUUCUAUAUACGCAUAAAUACUAAUGAGUCAUAUAAUAUCAACAAUGAUGGCCAUGAAUUGCCUGAGUCGGACAAAUCUGUCCAACACAUUCUGGAUGUACUUGCGGCAAUGAUACGAGAAUUCUUGAAACAGCAUAAUUUACGUCCGCGCGCUGGGAAAAGGAGACAGAAAAUAGCAGAGAACCAGACGGUCGGAUUGCCCACAAGCAGACCCGAUCGUAAACCAAAUCGUCCAGGUCAAGUAUUCAACAGCGAGGAAGCUCUGUGUGACCGAUUGAAACUCCCAAAUUUCCAAAGGCCUGCGCCAAAUGUUAGUCAAAGCUUUGGAGAGUGGUCAAGAAUCAAAAGUGCCCAGGAACAUUUCAACACACGCUCGACAAGAUUACCAGUCAAAUCAGCCUCUCCAGAGAAGGCCCAUGGCAUUGAGCGAGGCUCAACCCAGGAGAACCUGCCAACUCGACCGGAGAGAAACAAGCGUAGGUCGCUUGAGGAAUCGGAUGCAUUAUCCGCAUACACUGAUUGUACGGUGCCUGAAAUUGAGAAUGGAUCGGGAAGUGAUAUUGUUGUUCCUUGGACCGGUCCCUUUACUGGAAGAAGUCAUCUGAUCAACUCCCGAACUGGCCAGUCAGUAGGUGCCAGAUCACCUCUCGAUGCCGUUCAAAGGCCUAAAUCAACAGGAUCACUUCAGACGAUGCAAGCGUGUGAUAGUAUAACAAGGUCCAGGUCGGCAAGUCUGAGCAGGACACGGAACUUAUGGGUUGAGCAAAUGAUGGACAAAUGGGAAAACCCUGUUUUCAACCGAUCUGAAAAAUCUCUCGAUGUGAUUGGAAUGGGAUAUGGCACCAAAGCACGCAUAGCACAGGAUGAUGUUUCAACGGAUGUUUGCAGGUUUGAGAAUCUGGGAUCGCCAAAUGUACGGGGCAAACUGCGAAGACAGGAUCUGGAAACGGCGGAGAUAAUCGCGCAGGUUGAUCACAAGUUCGUCAUGGCUAAGAUAAGAUCUACGGCAGCGAGUGAAUAUAGCAAUGUUCCUCAUUCAAUCCUGGUUCUUAUUGAUCAGCAUGCUGCUGAUGAGCGAUGCCGGGUGGAGAGAUUAUUUGAAGAGUACUUCACACCAUCAGUAGAAGGCUCUAGACAAGUACAGACGGUCACAUUGGAACCUAUUAUUUUUGAGAUACCAGUUAUCGAGGCAUAUGCUUUUGGAAGAUAUAAACAGUUCUUUGAGUUUUGGGGUGUUGAGUACACUGUUGAACAGGGUCCAGCAGACAAUUCUGCAUACAUUUUUGUGCAUAAACUCCCCAUACUGAUCGCCGAGCGCUGCAGGCUCGAGCCAGAGUUGGUUACAAAUCUGGUUCGAGGGGAGAUUUGGAAACGCGAGGAAAACGGGAGGGGCGCUGAGAACCGAAUAUCAGUUUUGGGGCAGGACCGCUGGGCGGAACAACUUGAUGUUUGCCCCCAGGGAAUCAUUGAGCUGUUGAACUCACGGGCCUGCCGAACAGCCAUCAUGUUUAAUGAUGAACUGGCGAUAGAGGAGUGUCAAAGCCUUGUCCAAAACCUCGCGCGAUGCGUCUUUCCGUUCCAAUGUGCACAUGGACGGCCAUCGAUGAUCCCCUUGCUUGACAUGACGAAUACGUUAGCAAUGGUUUAUCCAGGAGCUGAGUACAUGAGCGAAGAAGAGGAACGGUCUGACUUUGCUGAGGUGUUUAAAAGCUGGAAGGACAAAAUUACACCUCACUAAACCUGAUCCAUUUUGUUUAACGGUCAAUAUCUAGCGCACGAUGAACCAUUUCAGCUAGAUAGUCCAGGAGAGACG